AUGCUAGGAGUAUCCCGUUUCACGCAAGUGAGGGACGGGAUCCGAAGUUCUCUCCUACGUCAGCGAUCGAAGAUUAGAGAGGCCGCCUCGUUUGCCAAGGAAAGUAAAAUAAGGUGGGCCGGACACGUAAUGCGCUUUAACGACAACCGUUGGACCAGAGCCGUGAGCGACUGGGUUCCCCGCGAUAUUAAGCGCACUACAGGAAGACCGCCGACCCGAUGGUCAGAUUUCUUCACAAAGUCCUUCAAAGAAAAAUAUGAUGCUCUUCGUGUCCCACGCGAAACGAGGUACUACUGGGCUACUCUGGCACGCGAUCGGGACAAAUGGAAGAAUUACUGGCGCCCCAGUUCGAAGAUCAACGGGAGUCAAGGUGAUCAAGGUGAUAAUGCAUGUAAAGGAACGUCAACUAAGAGCGCUCGAGUCCCGUCGUUCAUCUUCAUUUUGUUCUGUGAUGAAGGAAGAGUAAAAAUAUAG